AGAGAUGGCAGGACAGUGGAUGAUGAUCCUGAUUGGCGUUUCGCUGUGGAUGACUUGCUCCGCAGCUCCAACCGAAUGCCACUUCAACUCUCAAGCUGUGUGCGAGUAUGAGGGAAAAAAAUACUCAUUGGGUCAGACCUGGAUGGAGAAGGGGUGCAUUCAGUGCACCUGUCUGCACCCUUUCGGUGUGGGCUGUUGUGAAACUGUGCAGCAGCCAGUGGACUUCCCGCCUUGGUGCCAGGUACGAGUUGAAUCUGUAACCUGCAAGGUGAGCCUGGUGCUGAGCUCUGACCCGCGUCUGCCCUGCAUUCCGGGAGAGGGGAACAGUGUGGAUCCCAGCCAUGGAGAAAUGAACAUGCAACUAGCAGGUUAACAAGACAACAAAGCA